UUCAUCCAAACACCUCCAUCUCUCUCUCUCUCUCUCUCUCUAUCUCUCUCUCUCUCUCUCAAACUCUGUUCUCCAUAGCUCUCUCCAAUGGAAAACCGAUUCAAGCUCAAGCUUUCUAACAUGUUCCGCUCCUCAUUUGGCUCCUGCCGAUCCCGAAACUUAUCGGAUGUGAUCCAAAAAGCAGUGUUCUUGCCUGAAAACCAGCAAGACUUGCCCACCAUUGAGCCUCCUAAGCAGGUGGCUCGACCCUUCCCCUCCAUUUGCAGACCCAAAUGCUCAGACCCCAACCAACCCAUCAUCAACAAUCACUGUGUCAUCUCUACCAAAGAUGUCAUGCUCCCAAGACGCAAAAUUUUUGAACGUUGUUCACCUUUUGUUAAGCCCUUUAACCCUGAUGGCCAAACAUGCCCUCCAGCCUCACCUUUCGCAGCUUUAAACCCUUUCCACGACCACCAUGAUAAGAGCUUCAGACAGAGAAAAAACAGAGAUAAGAAAAAGAAGAAAAAGAAGAAGAAGAAGAAGACGAGCAAUGCUAAGAAGAACAAGCCGAGCAGCGAGUUUUUCCCCUUCAGCUCUUCUUCUUUUGAAAGUAAUAACUACAAAGGGUGGUGGUUGAGCAGCGAUGACGAGAAGAGAGAGGACGAGACAGAUACUCUGUUUUCUUCAAAGAGCCACUCUUCUGAUUCAUCUGGGUCCCGAUUACGACGUCGUCCUCCGCGAAACGGACACAGUACUAGCCGGAGAAGAGCGAGCUCUGAAGUGGGUCUGCUUCCGAUACAAGGAAAAGUGAAGGAUAGCUUUGCGGUGGUGAAGAAGUCGAGCGAUCCGUACAAUGACUUCAGGACAUCAAUGGUGGAAAUGAUCGUUGAGAAGCAGAUAUUUUCAGCCCAGGAUCUCGAGCAGCUUUUGCAGUGUUUUCUGUCACUGAAUUCGUCGCUUCAUCAUAGAGUUAUUCUUGAGGUUUUCACUGAGAUUUGGGAAGCUCUGUUCUCUAACUGGGGAUCUUGAAGAAAACCCUCUCUGUUUACUCUGUUCUCUCUGUUUCCUCUGUAAUCUGUGUUUUUCUAAGGAAGAAAUAGUUAGAAUUCUAACUUCUAGUUACCUUUCUCUGUAUUUGAAUUUUUGUUUUUGUUUAUCAUUCUUAGAAACUGUGAAUCUGUUUGUUUUAGAGUUGAACGGACUAAAAGUGGCCUUUAGAUUCCUGUUUGUUU